AUGCGUGCAGCCAAAGAGAGUUCUUCUCUUGCCUUAGGAGCAGGUGGUAAUUUGCCUGCUGUUGCAAGUGAGCAACAGGCAGUGCCUGUUGCGACUAGUCCACGUGGUGAGUCACCACGUGCGAUAGUGACAUCCGCUGCGGCUGCAGCGGGUUUUACGACUGGCAAUGUGGAUGAUCCUGAAAUAGAGCUUAUUCAUUCCGGCGAGUCGGAUGAUGCAUUUAAAUCGACGGAGGCGCCUCCUGCCUUCGGUUGA